AUGGCCGCUCAACUAGGCCGUAUGGAGGAGAGGGUUGGACGGUUGGAGGUACCAAGGCGAGAGGCCGUCAGGCCAAUUCAAGUGCCACCACCACAACCACAACAGGGCCAAGGAGAUGAGAACAUGGCUGAAGAGGAAGGAGAUGUGAACAACAAUCAAAGGAGACAAGACCCUCCUGACUUAAGAGCACACCAACGGCUACGAGACCCUGUCAACCGCGGCCGAAUCAGAGACGACGAAGGUAAUAGACAGGGAAACAAGGAUAUCAAGCUAACGGCUCCUACUUUUGCAGGCAAGGUGGAUCCCGAUGCUAAUCUAGAAUGGGAAAGACGCAUGGAAUACAUUUUUGAGUACUACGGCUACAACGAUCAGAGGAGAGUGGCCUUAGCAGCGGCUCAACUCACCGACCAUGCCUUGUCUUGGUGGGACCGAGAUGUGGCUGAGAGGAGGAGGCAUCGCUACGAACAAAUCAGUACAUGGGCCGCGAUGAGAUACAAUCUCCGAAGGAGGUAUGUACCACCUUAUUUCCAUAGAGACUUACAAAAGCGAUUUAGAAAGAUGGUGCAGGGUCACAAGUCAGUUGAAGAAUAUUUUGAGGAAUUUGAGACCCUCCGGAACAAGCUAGAACAAGAAGAUACCGAGGAGAACCUCAUGGCUCAAUUCCUUGAUGGCCUUCAUGACCGUAUUGCGAGAAAGGUGGAGAGGCAACCCUACCAUGAUAUUUCUGAGCUCCUACACUUAGCCAUUCAGGCUGAGCAGCACAUUAAGCGCAAAACGACGGCCACCAAUCGCACCAAGCACAACCAAACGUGGAGCCAGCAACCGCCUAGAACGUUAGACAAGGGUAAAGCGGUGGAGACCAACUCCAAAUAUCAGAAGCCGCCAGCUGAUCCAUUCAAAAGCAAUCGGCCAGACGCGGGUAAGGUUACAAGCACUUCUAGAUCGAGAGAUAUCAUUUGUUUUAAGUGUCAGGGGCGAGGGCAUAUGGCGAGAGACUGUCCUAAUCAAAGAGCUAUGAUCAUGACCUCAAACGGCGAGUACGAGUCUCAAGAUGAACAGGACGAGGAGGACGAUGCCGAGCUUGACACUGACAUCGAAUACCCUGAUUCGGGUGAGAUGCUAGUGAUCAGAAGAGCCCUCAGUGCCAUAGUUGAACCAGAAACCGUACAGAGGGAAAACAUAUUUCACACCAGGUGCACCGUGCACAACAAGGUAUGUAGUUUAAUCAUCGAUGGGGGUUCUUGUACUAACGUAGCCAGCAAGACUAUGGUUGUUAAGCUAGGUUUAAAGACAAGUAAGCACCCUAGGCCCUAUAGACUCAGAUGGCUUAACGAUGAGACCGAACUAAAGAUCACCGAGAAGGUUACCAUUCCUUUUAGCAUCGGUAAGUAUAGCGAUCAAGUGGAGUGUGAUGUGGUGCCUAUGCAAGCCGGCCAUCUUCUGUUAGGAAGGCCUUGGCAAUUUGACAAGGAGACUCUCCACAAUGGCCGAACCAACCAUUACGUCUUCACUCAUGAUAAACGUAAGUUCACACUUGCUCCACUCACACCGGCUCAAGUCCAUGAGAUGCAACUUAAGUGUGCAAAGGACUCCCAGGAACCGGUGAGUCUGAGCUACCACCCGAGGCCUGUUAGACAGGUUCAGCGACGUGUUCCCGGAGGAGAUUCCAGCUGGGCUACCACCUCUCAGGGGAAUAGAACACCAGAUUGA